ACAUGAAAUGAAAUCUCUGCUGUGGGGCCCAACUUCACAGGAGAGGGCCCCACGUAUACACAUUCACACGUACAAACACUCACGUGUUUGAGUUAUUGUCUUUGUAUCAUAUAUAUUUACACACACUCGUACACCACUCUUAUCGCACAUAUAUACGCACACUCGUCGGACCAAAUCCCACACAGCCAAAACAGAAAAAAGAAACAUAUAUAUCACCCAGCCAUUUCUACACACACACACACACACUAUACACACCUACUGAGAUGGCUGAAAGCGCAUCUCCAUGCCUCUAUUUCUUCGUUUUUCUUCGCAUCUUUAUUUGACCUAGAAUGAGUGCGCGCCUCGGAACUCUUCUUCUAAGAAGAAGAUGGAUUCACACCACCACACCCCUCAAUUCUUCUCCGAUUCUCUCUACUGCGAGGAAGAGCACUGGGACAAUGUUGAGUUAUUAAUGCACACCACCGCAAACUGUUUGACAAAAUGCCAAGGAGAAAGUUCUACUAACUCAGACCCAAGUUUAUUUGUGGAGUUGUGGGAGGUUGACGAGUUGAGCUCUUUACUGCACAAAGAGCAGGGAAACGAACUGCACGAUGCCGCCGGCCUCGAGCAGAACCCAUCUUUAGCAGAGGCAAGGUGUGAAGCGGUGGAGUGGAUGCUUAAGGUUGUUGGUUACUACUCAUUCUCUGCACUAACUGCGGUUCUUGCAGUUAACUAUCUGGAUAGGUUUCUCCAUAGCUUCCGGUCCCACAGGGAGAAGCCAUGGAUGAUUCAUCUAGCUGCUGUUUCUUGUCUUUCUUUGGCUGCUAAAGUUGAAGAAACCCAAGUCCCUCUUCUUUUAGACCUUCAGGUGGAAGAUUCCAUGUACGUGUUCGAAUCGAAAACAAUUCAAAGAAUGGAGAUUUUGAUUCUGACAACACUCGAAUGGAAGAUGAAUCCAGUCACCCCACUUCCAUUUCUCGAACACAUUGCUAGGAGGCUCGGGUUGAAGGAUGCCCUAUGCGCCGAGUUUCUUAGGAGAUGCGAUUGCCUGCUUCUCUCUCUUCUUUCUGAUUGUAGAUUCAUGUGCUAUCUGCCUUCUGCAAUGGCUACUGCUGUAAUGCUGUAUGUAAUCAACAGCCUUGAGCCCUGUUAUGGGGUUGAGUAUCAAGAUCAAUUACUAAACAUUCUUGGAACCAACAAGGACAAAGUGGAGGAGUGUUGUGGUCUAAUACAAGAAGUUGCAACAAGCAUUCAAUUCUACUCGUGCAACAAAAGAAAGUUUGGGUCAGUUCCGGGCAGCCCGAAAGGUGUGGUGGAUGUGUCUUUCAGCUCUGAUAGCUCCUAUGAUUCUUGGUCAUUUAGUACAACAACAACAACACCAAUUGCUUCUGUCUCCUCUUCACCUGAGCCUUUGUCCAAGAAAAUCAAGUCCCAAAGUCCAAAGAAUGAAAUUUUAUGAUCUUCCCAAUUUCAAGCUCCAAGAUCCCUCAUUUAAUAUAU